AUGAGAAAGAAAACCGCCACUCGAAGAGGUUCUCUCACCCAACUUCCCAGAAUCCCAGAGAAACCUAGAGCAUCCUCAUGUUCCAAAGAUCCUACCUUUACUCCUUUCCCCACUCUGUUGCUCUCUCCUCCAUGCGCCGAUCCAAUGGCAAGAACAAAAAUAACUCCAAGGUAUCCUUCAUCUUCUAAGCCAUUGGCUCCACAAAGUACUCCCUUUUGCCCAAGCACUUCGAAGGGAAAGCGUCCUGCUGUGGAGGAACCCACUUCUGAGCCCUCAAGGCCGAAGCCAAGGCCAACCCCUCAGCAUCCACAACGAGUUAAAUCUCACACUCCUCUUCGUUCAGUGAAGGAAUCUCAAAAUGUUGACCCUUUUGAACACAAAUCACACUUUAUGAACUCUCAUUCUAACUAUAACCCUCACGGGCGUGAACUAGUGUUGUAUAAUGAAUCUAUUGGUGACUCCCUUGAAUAUACUGAUGUUGGUGCUUGUGCUUACACUUCGGGAGGUGGUUCAGUGAAACAACAAAAGAAUGGGGCGACAAGAACUGAAAAGAUUGUCAUUGAUGAUGAUGAUGAUGAUGAUGAUGAGCUAGACGACAUCCCUCCUCCUUCAACUUCGGAAACUUCAGCUUUAACUGGUCAUAAAUCCCUCCUUUAUGGAGUUGUGAAGGAUUUUCUGCAGAAGUUUGUGAACCUAUCCAACCAUCUAAUCUCUACAAGUCAACAACAGAGAAAGCUUGCGAUGAAAAAUGAAAAUGCCCUCAGAAAAUCAAGAGACCGAGUGGCUGUCCUUCUGAAGUAUGUAGACAACAUUAAUGAGGAUGACACUAUGGUCACGGACCAAGAGGAACCGCUUGAUUCUGAGGAGGAUGGCUCGAAUGCUCGAGGAUGUCCCUAG